GUGCAGAUCGAAGCUGGGCUCACAAGAAGGCUGGAAGUGGGGUGUGGGGCUGGCUCAGGGCAGGGCUUGGAGAGGCAAGGGACGGACAUGGACUUUCUGGGCUGGGCUCCGUGACUGCACAGCAGACUCUGGCCUGGGACUUGGUGGUGCUGCCCUUGGCCUCCCACAGUCUUGCCACCCCGCCGUCACCACCAUGCUGCCCCCUGGGACUACAAUCCUCUUGACUUUGCUCCUGGCAGCAGGCUCGCUGGGCCAGAGGCCUCGGAGGCCUCCCCAGCCACCAUCCCCCAUCAGCACCAUCCAGCCCAAGGCCAAUUUUGAUGCUCAGCAGUUUGCAGGCACCUGGCUCCUUGUGGCUGUGGGCUCUGCCUGCCGAUUUCUUCGGGAGCAGAACCACCGGGCUGAGGCCACCACACUGCAUGUGGCUCCCCAGGGCACAACCAUGGCUGUCAGCACCUUCCAAAAGCUGGAUGGAAUCUGCUGGCAGGUGCGCCAGCUCUACAGAGACACAAGGGUCCCUGGCCGAUUCCUGCUUCCAGCCCGAGGCGCCCGAGGGGCCGUGCACGUGGUUGUCGCUGAGACUGACUACCAGAGUUUCGCUGUUCUCUACCUGGAGCGGGCAGGGCAGCUGUCGGUGAAGCUCUAUGCCCGCUCACUCCCUGUGAGCGACUCAGUUCUGAGUGGGUUUGAGCAGCAGGUCCGGGAGGCCCACCUGACUGAAGACCAGAUCUUCUUCUUCCCCAACUAUGGCUUCUGCGAGGCUGCAGACCAGUUCCACGUCCUGGAAGAAGUGAGGAGGUGAGGCCAGCGCGCAGCUUCGGUGCUGAGAAGGCAGUGCCCCGAGAGACAACCCCACUGCCCGUCCUAGCCCACAGCUUCAGAUCGGGACCCUGCCACCUGGGUCUGGGGGGGGGGAUCUUUUGCCGGCUGCCCCAGAGCACAGUGGGUGGAGAGGCACCUUCUUAUUAAAUGUCUCAGCCUUC